CUCACGGGACGCCUUGACAGCGCUGCGGGCUGAAAAAAUUGUUUGGAGUGUUGCUCUUUUGUAUUUCACCUCAAAACGCGUUAAUUAGACACUUAUGCAGCCCCAAAAGGAGUGAAAUUGUAAAUAAAAUUCUCUAGAUUGUAGUGAUCGUGUAAGUUUUAAUCUGAUAUUGCAAUUCACAUGGAAAUAGUGAACUUGUUUGAUCACCGUGAGGUUAUGUGAAAACGUGUAAUUUUGCAGCGAUUUUUCGAGAAAAUCAUUGUCUGUGCAGCCUAUAAAGAUGUUUGGCAGGAAGAAUGAUGUGAAAUCUACAAAUUCACACAAUAUGAGCAGCAGUUCUUGGGCCAGGAAUGACUCAUCGCGGGCGCUGUCUAGUGGCGCUGGGAAGAGCAGCUCAAGGAUAGACCCUGAGAUUCUCCUGGACACACAAAGCAACGGCUUGUCGUCGCGGAUUGUGAAGUACUAUGAGGAGAACCAGAGGAUGUCUCGAAGCCCUCGUACGAUAUACAAUAAGCCUGGACAGUUCCCGAUUGUGCACCUGAAGAAAAAUGCGAUAGUUUAUUCAACGAAGAGAAACAAUCCUCUGUCGGUGGUGAAAAUCGCUCCUCCGGAUAAAUCAGUGUCAGACAGAAAUCUUCGGUUGAAUAUUCUUCGUCAGGGACUGUCCAGUUCAUCGGCGUCUUCCGAGGAAUAUUUAGAACCGCGGAAGUACGAUAACGAGCCAUUGACACCGUCAGGAGGCAUUGAAUCCACGCCGACUCGAUCUGUUCUGGACGCUCUGACGGAGAUUUCUCGGAAGAGGAUUCACAAUGAGGACUUCAAUGGCGACAGAAUGAAGAAACCGUGCAAGGACUUUUCCGAGAUUGACGGACCUGUGCCUAGCCAGACAAAGAGGCAGCGAGAGAGAGUUUCUCCGCCAAGUGCUGAUAUUCAAUCUCCUGUGGAGUCCAACAAAAAGAAGAUCUGUCGGGACAGUCAUGAUAUCCUGAGCUCUCUGAGUUCUAGCGUUCGCCUCUUGAAUCCCAAGAGGAGAAUCGAUGAUGUUUUGUCAAGCGACGCCAAGAGAACGCACUAUCAGAAGCCUCAGGCGACUGUUGAACCCAAGAAGCGCAGUCCAGUGGCUUCUGUGGAGCCUCAGAGGCGCCCUGAUCUGCCCAGCUCGCAAAAAACUGCAUUGCUUGUUGUGACUCCUCCGAAGACGCCACCAAAACCGACACCCAAAGUGACACUCUUCAAUCAGAACUACGACAAGAUACAGGACAGAGUGUUGUCAGACACUGACGAUGACGAGGAGAGCCGAUCGAUGAAUCUGGUGCGUCCAAAACAAAGCAGUACGCUGCUGGUCAAGGACAAGGAAGCUUCCAAGAAGGGCACCAAAUCUAAGCUUGCAAUGAUGCUGAGUUAUCUUAGCAGGAACUUUGAGGACAAAUCUGCUGAUGUUGUGGAUAGCAAGGAGGAGGAGAAGAAGAAAGAGGAGUCUCAACCGGUCGUUAAGCCUGUGGAGGAGAAAACACCGGAGAUUCCCAAGGUUAUAAUUCCAGUAGCAACAACUUCUGCUCCUCCUGUGGUCACUGUGCCAGUUGUGACCGUGUCCAAGCCCACGGAAGAGGUGAAGGAGAAGGAGAAGGAAAAAGAGGUUCCAGUUGUUCCCGUGGUGACUUCCACGCCUUUGUUUAAUUUUGGAGUGUCUCCAGCGAAGACAGAUGUGGAGACAGUGAAGAUUACAGCCACUCCUGAAGCACCAAUGAUCAAGGAAGUGGUGGAAGCUGAGAAGAAACCCGCCGAAACUCCUGCUGUGCCUCAAUUCAAGCCAGCAGUCAGUCUGGCAUUCAACACUCCGGUCUCUUUCGGAAGUACCGUUGCUCCAAGUGUCAGUCCAGUCACAUCUGUCACCACAGUUGUGUCUUCUUCGCCAUUCUCUGUACCAUUUGGAGGGAAUCCACCGAGUCUUGGAAACUCUGUUGAACCGCCCAAAGCCAGCACAACCUUCACGAUGACUUCAACUGCAGCAAGCGCUGUGAAAACUCCCAGUUUUCCAGCUUUCGCGCCUCAAGCUCCAGCAACUCCAUCGUCCAUGGCUUCCCUCUUCGGUUUCGCAUAUAAGCCUGUGGUCAGACCUACUGCUCCUGUGGUGAAAAAUCCUUCUCUUUUCACUUUUGGGACCCCCGCAUCUCAGCCAGCGACAACUGCUGAAGCGAAGUUUGUCUUUGGAUCUCCAACUACAACAACUGUGACUUCCGCAGAAGUACAGCCAAAGAGCACGCCUUCGGUGAUUGAAUUUGGCAAACCGAACAACAACAAUAGCAUGUUCACCUUUGGGGGUGGAAAUACGCCGAAAACAACAUCUAGCGGAGGAUUUUCUGCGUUCUCCAGACCGAAUCCCGUAACAUCUGUAUCGGCUUUUGAGACACCCAAGACUCAGGCGGACACAAAGUCGUUGUUCACCUUUGGAAGCGUCACGAGCACUUCUACAACAGCAUCACAAGGCAGUCCUUUCGUCUUCAGCACGCCUCAGGCGAAGCCAGCUGCCACAACCACACCAUCAGCGCCGUUCUCCUUCGAGAAGAAGACGACGACGCCUUUUGAUGCGAGCACUGGAUCGAAUAGCAUUUUCGGAGGCACUCAAGCUGCAGCGCCUCCUGCUUUUGGGGCGUUUGGAGGCACUCCAGCACCAACCACAACAACUUCCACGAAUGCUUUCGGGACAGGAGGAUCAAUCUUCUCUAGUGCAACUGUCUCCAGUCCUUUCGGGGGCUUCGGGACCUCUAAUAACGCUGCGAAACCCAUCACAACCACAACUUCAGCGCCUGUCUUUGCUUUUGCGGCGGAGAACAAAACUCCCGCCCCGGUAGCUACUCCGGCCGCGGGGAUAUUUGGCGGGCAACAGACCAGUACUAACGCUUUUGGGACGACCGCAACGACGGACAAGCCCUUCAAUUUUUCAGGAGCCUCCCCAGCGCCGUUUCAAUUCGGUGGCGCCACUACAACGGCCAGUUCCUCGCCCUUUUCCUUCUCUUCGUCCCCCAACGCGCCCAACACAGCAGCGACGCCGUCCCCCUUCGGCGGCGCUCCUGCCAACAACUUCGCUUUCGGUCAGGACUCUCCGAAGCCUCCGCCGCCGGCUUUCGGUGCUUUUGGCGGUGGUGGAAACGCUCCUCCUCCACCAGCCUUUGGAACUUCAAAUUCAUCCCCGGCAUUUAACUUCACAGCCUCAAAUCCCAGCCAGCAGCAGCCGUUUGCGUUCGGCGCGACGAACAAUCCUCAGGGCGGCGCCCCAAUGUUCAGCAUAGGCAGCAACGGAGGCACGAUGGCCCAGAGACGUCCGUAUCGCCACGCGACUAGGCGACUUAAGUAGGCACGUGUAUCCUUAAUUUAUUACCCGGCAAAAUACAGAUUCUUGGAUUUUAUGAA